CUCCUUUCUUUCUCAUCACGGUGAAGAAAUAGAACGACAGCACCCCGUUCUUCUCUCGAAAGGUUUCCUGGUGCCCCUGCACAGCCCUCGCCUCCCCGCUGCGCUCUGCCCUGCGCUGAGCCCGCACAGCCACAGCUGCACGUCCUGACUGCUCGCUGCUGACAUGGCACAGGACAGGGGCCACCCCAAGCCUGGGGACCUGAUCGAGAUCUUCAGGCCAAUGUACCAGCACUGGGCCAUCUACGUGGGGGAUGGAUAUGUCAUCAACGUGACACCUGUAGAUGAAGGAGCCCCAUCCCUGUCAGUGAGCACCACAUCAAUAUUCACCAGAAAGGCUAAGGUGAAGAAGCAGCUCCUGAAGGAAGUGGUGGGAAAUAAUAAAUGGCGUGUCAACAACAAACACGACUGCUCCCGCACUCCUCGCCCCGUGGAGGAAAUCAUCCGACGUGCUGAGGAAUGGAUUGACAGGGAGGUGCCGUAUGAUGUGCUUGGCAGCAACUGUGAGCACUUUGUGACAGAGCUCCGCUAUGGAGAGAGAGUCUCUGAUCAAGUCGAAGAAGCCAAAGAAGCCGCUAAGGACGGUGCUGCAGCAGCAGCAGUAACUCUUCUUACCGGUGCUGCUGCUGCUGCUGCGGUGGCAUUGUUGAAGAGAUAGUACUGCUGAUGAGCUGUCAGGAAGAGCUCAGAGAGGGCAAGGAGAGCCCCCAACAACAGCGUUCACUGAUCAGCUUUUGCUACACGUGCCAUCAAGGCUGACCAGGAACAGUGUACCCUUGGUGCUAAGGUGAAAUAAGCCAAAAUAAAAUUUUUGUAAUC